UAGGGACUGUCCACUAUCCCUUUUUUAUGCAUUCUACAGCCCAGAACACAGACUUCCAGAAAUACAUCAGAUUCUGCUUUGUCAAGGAGGACUCCAUCCUGAAAGCAGCAGAGGAAAUUCUGAGACAAUGGAGUGACAAAUAAAAAAUCUAAAUCUUGACAGUAUAGGCCUUGCACAAACAAUCUGAGCCACAUCAGAAUGUAGUGAUUGCUUUUUUCUUUUUUUAAGACUUGGCAAAUCAGAAAUUAGUCAUAUUUUGAAAAAGCUCAGGACACAUGACAAGUUUUCAAAGCUUAAGAAUCCUAUGUAACUUUUUCUGUGUUAAAAUACUUUCUCCUAUCCCAGCUUAAUGUGUUGAGACAACCCCAAACUCAGACAUUCAUAGGUUAAUUUUCUCAAAAACCGUAAACACUGUGUUCCUGUUGUGCUAUGAAAAUUGCUCUGUUUUGUUUGUUUGAGCAACCUGCUUAGACUAUCUCUUUCUUUGACCAACGGCAGACGGGGGCGUAUUCAGAAAGCUGUUUUGAAAACAAAGUUUAAUUUUGCGAUUCCAUUUUGUGCCGCUGGUUAGUGACAAAGAAAUUAGAUACUUCAACUUUAAGAGAAAAGGAGUUUGUUAAAAGGUUAAAGGUUGUAUCUGCAGGACUAGCAGAUGGUGCUAGUCGCAACACUAAACACAUUAGUUGGGUUUUGUUGGAUUAGUGUUUUCACUCUGUUGGUGUUUGUUGGAGCAUCUAACAGCAAACUUUAAAAUGUUAGUGUUUGUUGAAGAAAGUGUGAAUUGGCCUGAAGGAGGGUGAAAUGGUAGUGCUUUACUCAUGCUUUGUAAAUAGCAACUGCUUGCAAGGCAUAUGUGGUUAAAAAAUGAAACUGUGUUUCCGCCUCCACCCCUCUCCCUUCUUUCUUCUGUCUUUACAUUUUAAUUCUUUGAUUGUAGGCCUACAAUUCAGAAUUAUCGCUGCCAUGUUAGGAAUCUGCUCAGAUUUAAUCACGUCUUUUUAGUUGAAAACUUACAAGUGUGUGGAAUCAUAAUUUAAGUCAGUUAAGCAUUUUGUCCUUUGAUACAAAAUGAGAAUAUGAUCAUUGUUGUUGUCUGACACUGGAACAUUUUCUUAGACUAUACCUUGAAUUGCACAUUAUUAACUGCACUCUUUAAAGAAAUAGUUCACCCAAAAAUGAAAAUUCCCUUAUUAUUUACUCACCCAUAUGCAAUUCCAUAUGUACAGUAUAUGACUUUCUUCUGCUGAACACAAAGAUUUUUAGAAGAAUAUUUCAGCUCUGUUGGUCCGUACACAAUGCAAGUGAAUGGUGACCAAAAAUUUGAAGCUCCAAGAAGCACAUAAAGGCAGCAUAAAACUAAUCCAUAAAACUCCAGCUGUUAAAUCCAUAUCCAAGUACAGUUCAUAGUUCUUGUCACAUGCCCAGAGCACUAGAUGGUGCUAGGAAGUGUAAUUGAGCUUGAAAUUAUGAUUGUCAAGUAGACUGAUGAUGUCAAGACUUAUAGUUAUAUUUUGGUCUGUUCUCUCUCAAAACUAAUUGGGAUUGCUUCAGAAGACAUGGAUUUAACCACUUGAGUCUUAUGGAUUACUUCUAUGAUCCCUUUAUGGGCUUUUUGUAGCUUCAAAGUUUUGGUCACCAUUCACUUGUCUUGCAUUGCGAAGAUCUACAGAGCUGAGAUAUUCUUCCAAAUAUAUUUGUUUGUGUUUGGCAGAAAGAAAGUCAUAACCAUCUGGGAUGGCAUGAGGUUGAGUAAAUGAUGAGAGAAUUUAAUUUUUAUGUGAACUAUUUCAAAGCACACAUUAAUAGAUUUCACUUAUUAAUAAAUUAUUACAUUAACUUGGUCACAAUGCAAGUAGUAUGUUCAGCCACUUCUUUCAUAACAUGUUGGCAACCUCAUACACUUGCAUGUACAUUUACCGAAAGGAAAUUUGUUUAAUUGUAGAAGGUCCAGACACUGUCACUGUUAUAUAAAAAUAUAUACAACUCUGAAAAAAAUUAAGAAACCACUGCAAAAUUAUUAGUUUCGAUUUACUAUUUAUAUGUAUGUGUUUGAGUCAAAUGAAACUUUUUAUUUUUAUUUUGUAUUAUUCUAUAAAGUACUGACAACAUACACAGUCUCCUGAUAGGGUGACAAAAAAGAGGCCAUUUCCAGCUAAUUGCAGUGAUGUGGUAAAACUUCUCUUGUGGUUACUGUUGAAUGUCAACAGUUGUGUGAACAAAUUGUCACUGAUGCUAUGCUAAAGGUGCAUUGGUGCCAAUGUGAACCUGCAUAGCUGUACCUACAACAAUUUCCACCUGCCAUGCCGUCUGGCAAUAAGGUUCUAUUCUAUUCUAUUCAAAAUAAGUUUAACACACACACAUGGCAGAAUGAAAGAGAUUUAUGGUAUUAAAUGACAAAAUAAUGUUGUUAGAAACAGUUUACUCUUGUGUGCCUGAUAUUGAGAAAAUGUUUAACAUAUUUCUGAAUGUAUUAUUAUAUCAAUGACUGAACCUGAAUGAAAAAAAUAUUUUUUGGGCAGUCACCAAAAGGUGAUUAAAUAGUCUUCAUUUUAAAGAUUCACAGUGCCUUUCAAAAGAAAGUGUUGGCCUGCUACUUAUGUAAUUUAAUGCUAUAUUGAUAUUAUGAGAGCAGAGAUACCAUUUUUCCUUCUUAGACAGAAAACGUGGAAAAAAUCUCUGUGGUCUGUGUAGAUGAGACAAAAAAUAUCUAUAUAUAUAUUGGAUGUUUUCUUAACUCCUCCCUUGAAAGCCAUAUACUGGAGUUUUCCAAACCACAUUGCAACUUUUUACUUUUCAUAAAAAAAAAAAAAAACCACAACCUAUUUUCUGGAGAUUUAGAACUGCUAUGUUUUUUUUUUUUUUGUUGUGUUUUUUUUACAGUAUAUACACCUAGUGUCACAUCUCAGUUGAAGCCUAUGCACCAGAGAGCCAAAUACUCACAGACAUUACUGUCAGACUUGUCAACAAGCUCUUGGUAUUGAAUUAACCCAGCGAUGCAGAACUCUGCAGGGGUUCCACUGCAGGACAACCGAGGCUACACUCACCAGCCAGUGACAGUGUCUAUGCCUGAGCAAACAUUCAACGAUGACAUUGUGUUUUCCACAUUUAAUCUCCACUUCUGUAACCAUUGCUGCCUUGGGUUUUGUGCUUUUCACAACUCGGUGAAGGCCAGGGACAGCAGAAUGCGGGGAGACUUCAUGUCAGCUCAGUCCUACGGAUUCAAAGCCCGCUGCCUCAACAUCACUGCCUUCUCUAUUGGUGUCAUUAUGAUUAUUUGUCUCAUUAUCCUCAUCUACAAAUUCCAAUAUGCAUUUUAUCAGCUAUCUUCACUCUACUAUUAUCAGUAGCUCUCCAGAUUUCUAAAUGUAUUUUUUCUGUACUCACUUUUUGAUGAUAAUUAGAUCAUUUAAAUAUGAGGAGAUUUUCAUCUAUUGGAACAUUGCAUUGUACUUAUUUCAUCAUUGUGGUUGUUUGGUUUGGCCCUGAAAAGACAAUAAAAGACAUAUUAACAUUGA